AUGACUCUACCACCAGAUUUAAUCGAAGCGAUCGUGGAUGAUCUGGCCUUACAAAAAGACACCCCCGCACUUAAGGCAUGCGCUUUAACUUCCAAAUUCAUGAAUUUUUGCAGUCGGAAGCAUCUCUUCUCUGCCAUACAUAUGGGCGCCAUUCCAAGCCAGGACCGUCGCCUCGGAGACACACCAAGGAUAGAACAGCUGGUUUCUUUGUUAACUCACAGUCCAGAGAUCGCCGAUUGCAUUAAAGAGUUCUCCUGGAAACUUUGGCGCCAGGACUACAGGGACCAAACGGCGCCCAUCGUCUUGAGAAACCUCACAAACAUUCGGUCUUUAACCCUAGCUGGAUUGGCCCAGUUCAGGCCAUGGAAGGAUGUGCCGGUACGAUUCCAGGAAGCAAUGGCCCACUUGAUCCAACUACCGAGUGUGACGAAACUAGUCCUUAAAUCGUGCCGCAACAUUCCCAUGCCUCUCUUCAUGUCCUGUCCCAAUCUCACCCAAUUGAAGCUGGAAGACGUAGAGCUCCAGGAUACAGAUGAUCUCAUCAACUUGUUCCCGAACCAAGUUCCAUCCAACCCCUCUCGCGUCAAAAAGUUCUCCUUUACAAAUGGCAGUCCCGCCUCCUUGGAAAAAUUGCUUCAGGCCAGAAGACCCGAUUCUCUUCCCUUUUUCGAUUUCAGCGACCUUCUUCACCUGUCACUUGUCUCUUACGGCGAGAUAGGGAAUUUGGCAGAGAUGACAUUGAAGGAGACGAAAAAACUUACUUCCUAUACAUGUCAAGUUAAAGGGUCAGCUACCGGAACGAGCCAAAUCAUACACCCUCAGCAUCUUUCAACAACCCUAAAAUGCCUCAAGAUAAAACUCACGGGUACAGCGGUGCUGCCUGGACUUUUCCAGGAGCUUAAAACGCUGGUCGGGCUGAACGUCCUCGAGGAAUUGAAGUUGAUCUUUGAGAUAAAGCCUCAGGAUUGCACAGUUGGCGAGGAAUGGCGGGGACUGGACGAAAUGCUGACACCGUCCAACUUCCCACAUCUGCGUCGAGUCAAGAUAAGCAUCAAGGGCCUUCGCAUUUCAAAGGCAUUGAAGGGGGAGCUAUUGGGAAUCCCAAAAAUUUAUCUUCUCCGCUUGGGUGCAAACGCUUCUGUCACGCUCCUUUUCUCCGUUUCUGAAACGGUUCAGCGGUAG